ACAGAUUCGGUGAGAGCUUCUCGAGUACAAGGGACAGACGAACACUGGACCUUCCUGGCCGCACGCUUUCAGCAUUGUUUCUGACCGUCACAACAAGAAGAUGCCACUGGGUGAGGAUUGCCAUUCCUGGAAGAAGAAGACCUCAGACGUGAAGGAGAAGUAUGACUUCAAAGACACUCUGGGAACGGGCGCUUUCUCCGAGGUGGUCUUGGCUGAAGAGAAGAGGACCCACAGACUGGUGGCUGUUAAGUGUAUCCCUAAGAAGGCAUUAGAAGGCAAAGAAAACAGCAUUGAGAAUGAGAUUGCUGUCUUGCACAAGAUUAAACACCCCAACAUUGUAUCUUUGGAAGAGAUAUUUGAGAGUAAAUCACACCUCUACCUUGUCAUGCAACUGGUUUCUGGUGGGGAACUCUUUGAUCGUAUCAUAGAGAAGGGCUUCUACACAGAGAAAGAUGCCAGUAAGCUCAUAAAGCAGAUUCUGGAUGCUGUCAAAUACCUCCAUGACAUGGGCAUUGUGCACCGUGACCUGAAGCCAGAGAACCUGCUGUAUUACAGCAUGGAGGAAGACUCCAAAAUCAUGAUCAGCGACUUUGGUCUGUCUAAAAUUGAGGGCUCUGGCAGUGUGAUGUCAACAGCCUGUGGAACACCAGGAUAUGUUGCCCCUGAAGUGUUGGCACAGAAACCUUACAGCAAGGCGGUGGACUGCUGGUCCAUUGGUGUCAUUUCAUAUAUUCUGUUGUGUGGAUAUCCUCCGUUCUAUGAUGAGAAUGAUGCCAAACUGUUUGAACAGAUCCUGAAAGCAGAGUACGAGUUUGAUUCUCCUUAUUGGGAUGAUAUCUCUGAUUCAGCUAAAGACUUUAUUAUGCAUCUCAUGGAGAAAGACCCAAACAUACGUUACACCUGUGACCAGGCUCUGCAGCACCCGUGGAUUGCUGGGGAUACCGCCCUGGACAAGAACAUCCAUGAGUCUGUCAGUGCUCAGAUCAAGAAGAAUUUUGCAAAGAGCAAGUGGAAGCAAGCAUUCAACGCCACUGCUGUGAUUCGUCACAUGAGGCGUCUCCAGCUGAGCACAGGUAGUGAAGGACCCAACCCCACAUUGCCCAGUCCGUGCCGAGCUCACCUGCUGAUGCCAGAAAAAGAUGGAGAAGAUUGUUGUGAGGGCGGGUGCUCCCAAAACGUUGAUGGAGGAGCAGACCCUCUGUCCAGCUGCACCUACCGCUGCCACCCAACCAGCAGUGUGUGAUUCAGAACCCCCUUCAUGUACCUGUCUUUCAAUCCUAAGUCACUUUCCAAUUUUAACCCCCUCGGUGGAACCAGCGGCACCAUCUCCCCCCUUGUCUGGCUAGGAAUACAGCGUCAUUCCAACCUGUUGCCUGCAGGGGGAGCAAGCCUGUCAAGCCUGAGAGGGAAGAUCUAAAAAGGGUUGAGAAGGGGGUGGAGGGAGACUUGAUGUCAAUGAGGAUGAUGCACCAGAGCGGAUCAUUUUUAGGAUAAGUUGAAAUGGAUACCAAGGAAGGAGGGGAAGACUACCUCCCCCACCUUCUUAUAGGGGGGAUUGUUUUUGCAGGAACAGGACGGAGCUUGUUGGACAUGUUUUUUUUUGUAGUUUUUUUUUUCAACUUGUCUCUCUGUUAAAUUGUUUUGUAUAUCUUUGUGUUGUUUUAUGAACCUCCUACUUUUAGAUUCUGGAGUGUAAAGCCAAAAAUAAUUUUAAAAAAGUAUCUGCAUGACUAGGAGAGAAUUUCCCAUCGCAUGUUUUAUCUUAAAAACGCACUGUUAAGCAGACUUGCAGUGUCACAGUACAUCAGAACAAUGCAGAAUUUUUUAUAUGCUUUAGUGAAAAAAGUGAGUCAAAUCUUGUGAUUUUACAGAUUUGCUUUCUAUGUCUUUAAGUUAUGCUUUUAGACAAUCAGUGGCAGAAUAGUUUACCCAACAAAAACUCAAUUUAUUUGUGUAGCCUUUCUUGUGGCAUUACAGUGUUUUCAUGCAGUGGUUUGGCUUUUUGGGAGGAAAUGGCUUCCCCUUUCUCUUUCUUUCCAACUCAAAACCUCUUUAACAGGAGAUUUUUUUUUUGUCUAAGGUGCCUUUAGGAUAUCCUUAUGAUGGAGUUAUUGGUGAUAGGUAGUUUCUAUAAAAAACAAUCAAACAAAAACCUUUUCUUCCUCCUACACUUUUUUGUUUGUGUCACAUGUAACUUAAACUGAAAUCUUUAAGCCUGUUUACUCCUUGAAAUUAAUAAAAAAAUGAAAAUUCUAACAGAAAAUAGCAUCAGUAUUUAGAUGUGAAUUGGAGAAUCAAAUAUAAUUUUAACACUUCAGUGGAGAGCUUCAGGUUAGUAUUUAUAAACAUCAGCAUCCCAGGCUCUCUGAGGCUGGAACAAAAAAAAAAGAGAAAGAAAAGAAAAUGAAUAUGCAUCUGUCAUCUUGUACUGUGCUGCUGUGCUGGUGCUUUCUGUUGUCACAGCGCUCCCUUUAAGCAUAUUCCUGUCACAUACAGCCUUUGUAGAUUAUAAAAAACAAAAUAAACAAACCUUGAUUGAAGACUUGGAUGUGCAUCAGACUGACUCACCAUCUUACUCUACACUGUCUGUGUAUGUAUGCACCAAGUUUAUAUUCAUCAUGUUAUUAUUUUUAUUUGGCACCCUUUAGAAAUGUGACAUAGACAAACACACUCUGGUGUCUUGUCUUUUUUUUCAAAGUCUUUUAAAGUAAAUUUAAUAACUUGCUCUUAGUGCUGUAUACCACACUUAUUGUAUCAGAUAUAGAACGGCUUUAUACGAAAUGACUUCUUAUAAUGUGUUCUUCAUGAUCUGGACUUGUUGCAAUCACAUGGCUCAAAGGUUCAAGAGGCAGUGAAAAUAAGGAUCUUCCACUGACAUGAACUUCUCUCAUCCUCUGAUCUGUUGAAAUAAUUACAGUUCAUAUUUAGGCUCCUUCUCUCUCGUUUAUGACAAUGUUUGCUUCUGUCUGGUUAUGAUUCGAAUUGGAUUGAACUUACUAUUUAGUAAAUUAGAUGACUACAAUGAGAUGAGUUCUUGUGAAAGAUUCAGUCAAAGAGAUUUAACCAGUAAUAAAUUUUAUUACUCUAAUUCCUAAUCCUGUCAUGCAGAUGAGUGAAGAGCAGCAGAAAAAAGCUUGGUUGUGCUGCUUCAGAAACUAUUUUUGAGCUUUACUGUGCAUUUUGUUGGGUAAUUGGUGUGUUGUGUCUGGACAUUGAUGGACGUGUUGACUUCAAAUCAUAAAGCACAUUUAAGAUUUUUUCCAGAUAUAAUUAAAAGUUUUUAUUUUUUGAAUUUCUGUCACAGGGAACAUAAAAGCAGCAAAAGCCUAAUCCGAUUUUAUCAGCAGAUUUAAAACUGAUGAUAAUAACAGUUGUAGCACUUUUGAUUAAUUCCCUAAAUUGUUCUUUCACUCAAAUUGAUCUUCUGUCAUAAAAUUUGAUCAUAUAUGUAAGCAUAUUUUAUAUUUUCUUUACUGAUUCAGUGCAUUUUAAGCCAAAAGUUAAAAAUAUGAAAUGUUACCCUUAAACCUGUACAAAAUAAAUCUAAUAUUGAAGUAGAGGUUUGUAAUAAUUAUUUAGCAAAGACUAUGAAAAAAUGUUCUUUUUUGGUUUUGUGCUGACACAGACAACAUUUAUACAUUCCACAGCAGCCGUGAUGCUGACAUACAAAACCAUAUCUCAUUUCCUGAUUACUCAGGCACCUUGGAAGGAAACAUCAGGAGUGAGAUUCAGGAACAGAAGACUGACCUCAUCCUUAGAGGGGCUUAUCCAUUUGGUGGUGGUGGUGGUGGUUAGACUGCUGUAGCUUUGGCAUUUGAAUUGAUAACACAUAUAUUCCUCUUGUAGACUUUUUACUGCCUCAGUCUAAAGGAAAAGCAACAUGUAUAUGAAUGUUUUCCCUUUGAUUGCUGCUCAUAAUUUGCUUGUAGAGAAUGAUCAAUGUGUGGUUAAAGAAAAUCUGUUGUACAAAUUAGUAUUUGUAACAUAAAUAUGUUGCCUUUUGAUAAAUGCUGUUUGGGCUACAGUGUAAACUGUAAACACAGAUGUAAUGCACCAUGAACUGUUGAAAAGUGAGUAUUGCAAAGUGUAAAAGCCAGUGAUUUGGAAGACUAUGCUUGCUUGGAAGACAUUUGUCAGUGACACAUACAUUAAAUUUCCUUCUAUGCAUUA